CAAUUUCCUCGUCGUCGUCUCGUCUCCUCUCUCUCCAGGCUUUUGACAGCUCGGUCCACCAAGCCGCCAACCACCCGAUGCCCGCGCCGUGAGGCGCGCCGCUGCUACUAUGACCUCGCCGCCGGCCUCCACCUCCUGGUUCUCCGGCCUCGCGCGCACCUCGUCCAUGGCCGGCGGCGUCGCCUCCUCCCCGGCCUCCUCCGCCCCCCUCCCCGACGCGCCCGCCGCCGUCGCCAGGUCCGUGGUCGCCGCCGCCGGCGUAAGCGCCGGCGGGGGCAAGCGGAAGCAGCUGCGCGGCGCGCUGUUCAAGUACGGGCCCAAGUCCGCGCAGGUAGCAUUCAGAACUGGUGAUUUUAACCAUCAGGUGAUCUUCAUUGGUGGCCUCACAGACGGACUGUUAGCUACUGACUACUUGGAACCAUUAUCCAUUGCAUUGGAGGUUGAGAAAUGGUCUUUGGUCCAGCCAUUGCUUUCUUCAUCAUACAGUGGAUAUGGAAUUUCCAGCUUAGAGCAAGAUGCAUUGGAACUAGAUCAGCUUAUCAGUUACUUAAUAAAUAAGGAAAAUUCUGAAGGAGUAAUAUUGCUUGGUCACAGCACUGGUUGCCAGGAUAUUGUGCAUUAUAUGCGCACAAACUUUGCUUGUUCAAAAGCAGUUUCUGGGGUCAUUUUGCAGGCCCCAGUAAGUGACAGGGAAUAUAGAGCAACUCUUCCAGAAACAGCUGAAAUGAUAGACCUGGCAGCAAAAAUGAUUACUGAGGGUCGUGGAAUGGAUUUGAUGCCUAGAGAAGCAAACCCAGAUGCUCCCAUUACCGCCUACAGGUACCAUUCCCUUUGUUCGUAUAUGGGUGAUGAUGACAUGUUCAGUUCAGAUCUAAGUGAAGAUCAGCUGAGGCAGAGACUUGGUCAUAUGUCAACCACACAGUGUCAGACGACACAGGGGAGUCACUUAUUUGUGUCUGGAGGGAGUAUCAAGUACAAGCUAUUGGUGCAUGUAGGUGUUUGCUAUAUGGCAGCAAACUAACAUUAGGUUAGUAUUUGAAAUGGUUAAACUUGCAGUUGGUCAACCAUGAAAAUCAAAUGCACUGUUAUUUCUGAACUACAUCUUGAAUUCUGGUGUCUGAAAAAAUUAGUCAUGUUGAAGAAACUAUCUAUAUUGUUGUAAUAAUACAGAAAAAAUACUGUUCCUCUUUCAUUUACACUGAAAAUAUUCUGACUAGUUUAGUUUUGGAUGUGUUGAUCUUCUCGUGUUGUAUAUUAUUAAUAGCUAUGCUAUGCCUAAUUACAUUCUAUGUAUUCAGUAGUACAUCUUUUAUGCAUGUAACAACCACAUUACGCAGGAAAAAAAAAACAUAUUUGACCUUCCCAUUUCAUGCAUUUGCAUGCUAGGCAACUGCCUAAAUUUACUGUCCAAUAGCAUUGGAGAUCUUUAUUGCUUAUUGUACAUAUGGCAAUCUCUGCCAUGAGAUGGCAGUAACAGCUUCAUCGAUUCCAAUGCACUAGCAGCACAAUCUUCUGUGGCACCACUAUCAAGGAAUUUUAUCUAGUUUGAUUUUAAUUCUCCAACUUGGUGUUCCUAGUCCACUGGACUUUCGUUUGUCUUGAAGUUUGCCAGUCUGACUUACAUCUUUGACCUGCAUUUUCGCAAAGCAAAGAUGCCGACCAAAUUGAGAAGCUUCAGAAACAUUAGUGAUAGAAGUAGAAGGUGUAUGGCGCAUAAACAUUGAUUGUAUUCAUCUGUUAAACAGGGAGUACAAUAUAUAGACCUCUACCAAAGAUCUCUACCUGACUUAGAGAGAAUCAGGGAGGGGAUCUCCUCUACCUAAUCUACGAGAUUACAGGGAGGAGAUUAGGGAGAUCGGUGCACAAGGCAACAGCCAGGUGGGAAACAAAUCAACCACCGGUGCCUAAAAUAGGGGAGGAGAUAACAAAUCUCUAACA